AUGAGCGGCACUGGCGCCAGGUCCAGCCACCUGUCUCAGCCGGUCGUGAAGAGCGUGCUGGUGUACCGCAACGGGGACCCCUUCUUCGCGGGGCGCCGCUUCGUCUUCCACGAGAAAAAGGUGUCCAGCUUCGACGUCUUCCUCAAGGAGGUGACGGGAGGCGUUCAGGCGCCCUUUGGGGCCGUCAGGAACAUCUACACCCCGCGGACCGGGCACCGCAUCCGGAAGCUAGACCAGAUCCAGACCGGGGGCAACUACGUGGCUGGGGGCCAGGAAGCCUUCAAGAAACUCAAUUACUUGGACAUAGGAGAAAUCAAGAAAAGACCAAUGGAAGUUGUGAAUACAGAGGUGAAACCAGUCAUCCACAGCAGGAUCAAUGUGUCAUCUCGCUUUAGAAAACCACUUCUGGAACCCUGCGCUAUCUUCUUGAUUGCAAAUGGAGACCUUAUAAACCCAGCUUCUCGACUCCUCAUCCCUAGAAAAGCCUUGAAUCAGUGGGAUCAUGUACUACAAAUGGUCACGGAAAAAAUAACUCUGAGGAGUGGGGCUGUCCACAGACUUUAUACUUUAGAAGGAAAACUGAUUGAGAGUGGGGCAGAGUUGGAGAAUGGGCAGUUUUACGUGGCUGUCGGCAGAGAUAAGUUUAAGAAAUUGCCUUACAGUGGAUUACUUUUUGACAAGUCAACAAUGAGAAGGUCUUACGGUCAGAAAGCCUCUUCACUACCUCCUAUUGUAGGAUCCAGAAAGUCUAAAGGGAGUGGAAAUGAUCGCCAAUCUAAGUCAACAGUCGGAUCCAGCGACAACUCAUCUCCUCAGCCCCCAAAGAGGAAAGGGAAAAAAGAAGAUGUGAAUUCAGAAAAACCCACGAAAGGGAAACAGAAUGUAAAGUUAAAGAGUUCGCCGCAAACAAUUCCAAACAGUGAUGAAGGCGUUUUCAAAGCUGGAGAGGAAAGAUCAGAAACGCGGGGGGCUGCAGAAGUCCAAGAAGAUGAAGAUACUCAAGUUGAGAUUCCAGUUGACCAGAGGCCAGCAGAAAUAGUAGAUGAGGAAGACAGAGAGAAAGAAAAUAAGGAAGUGGGACAGAAGGAAGACUUUUCAGGAAUGAAUGGUGGAGUUGAAGAGGAAGGAGGCAGGGAGGCUACUGAAGCUCCAGAGCAAGCAGAGGAGAUCCUGGAUCACAGGGAGGAGCAGGCAGGUCCUGCUCGUGUGAACAGAGGCACCAAUGAAGAAAAUGGCGAGGAACUGGACCAGGUUAAUAAUGAGCUUCAAGAAGCAGUGGACGAGGAAAUAAAGUCUCAAGGAGCUGGCAGUGGAUGUGAAGAGGCUGACUUGGACCCUCAAAGACCACCAAAGCCAGAAGUAAAAAUCACCAGCUCACAAGAAAAUGAUAACAAUGAACGAAACAAGGAUAAUCUGUCAUAG